UACACAUUAACUGUCCGUGGCAUUAUUGUUAGGCGGCCACAUCUCGGUGUUCACUCAGCAUUUAGCUCUCGGCCAGAUCGGUGCGCUAAACACAGGACAUUGCGCUCAUACUCUUGGUGAAGCGGACGACCUCAUUGUGAUAUUGAUGGUGGUGAUUGGUUGCUAAAGGCAGAUUGGGGAAGUUGCGGCUUUGUCCAGGAGAUGCUUGAAGGUGCAUUGGGAUGUUUUUCUACAAAGCCCUUGAAUACAGAAAUGAAGAUGAAGAAGACAGUCAGUCCCAGAAACCCUGGAUAGAAAGCACUUUCACCAAGCGGGAAUGUGUGUACAUACUUCCAGUGUCAAAAGACCCCCACAGAUGCCUUCCAGGAUGCCAGAUUUGCCAACAGCUAGUUCGGUGCUGCUGCGGGCGGCUGGUGCGGCAGCAUGUUGGCUUCACGGCCAGCCUGGCCAACAAGUACUCGGACGUGAAGACGGCUGAGAGCGCCGGUGGGCCCGCCCCAGAGUUGGAGGAGUGGUCGGUGGAAAAACACACAGAGGCUAGCCCUACUGACGCCUAUGGUGUCGUUAACUUCCAGGGAGGUUCGCACUCCUAUAGAGCCAAGUAUGUGCGUUUGUCCCACGACUCUCGUCCGGAGAGCAUCCUGCGGCUGAUGCUCAAGGAGUGGCACAUGGAGUUGCCCAAGAUCCUCAUCUCUGUCCACGGGGGCGUGCAAAACUUUGAGCUACACCCUCGCAUCAAGCAAGUGGUGGGCAAAGGCCUCAUCAAGGCAGCUGUCACCACGGGUGCCUGGAUCCUCACCGGAGGGGUCAACACAGGUGUAGCAAAGCAUGUCGGUGACGCUCUCAAAGAACACUGCUCCAGAUCAUCAAAGAAGAUUUGCACUAUUGGCAUUGCAUCCUGGGGAGUCAUCGAAAACAGGACCGACCUCAUCGGGAGAGACAUCAUUGCUCCAUAUCAGACACUGCUCAACCCACUCAGCAAACUCAACGUUCUCAAUAACCUCCACUCCCAUUUCCUCCUUGUUGAUGAUGGCACAGUGGGCAAGUACGGUGCGGAGGUUCAACUACGUCGGGACCUGGAGAAGCACAUCAACCUCCAAAAAAUACAUGCACGUAUUGGUCAGGGUGUUCCUGUGGUGGCACUCAUCUUUGAGGGUGGUCCCAAUGUGAUCUUGACCGUGCUUGGUUAUCUUCAAGAGAGCCCUCCCGUCCCUGUGGUGGUGUGUGAGGGAACGGGCCGAGCAGCUGAUAUACUGGCCUACGUUCACAAGCAAACUGAGGAAGGCGGCGGCCUACCUGAUGGCGUGGAAGCAGACAUCAUUGCCACCAUCAAGAAAACCUUCAACUUCAGCCAGAGCGACGCCAUCCAUCUUUUUCAGACUCUGAUGGAGUGUAUGAAGAAGAAGGAAUUGAUUACCGUGUUUCACAUCAGUUCCGAAGAGAGCCAGGACAUUGACGUUGCCAUUCUUAGAGCCUUACUCCAAGGCACAAAUGCGUCUCCCUUCGAUCAGUUGGACCUGACCCUGGCCUGGGACCGCGUUGACAUUGCCAAGAAUCAUGUGUUUGUGUACGGACAGCAGCUUUUGGUGAGCUCCUUGGAACAAGCCAUGCUGCAUGCACUUGUGAUGGAUCGAGUGGACUUUGUCAAGCUGCUGAUUGAAAAUGGUGUCAGCAUGCACCGUUUCCUGACAAUCAGUCGGCUCGAGGAGCUUUACAACACUAAACAAUCACCUAACAAUCCAACUCUCCUCCACCUGGUUAGAGAUGUCAAGCAGAGCAACUUACCUCCAAACUAUAAAAUCACCUUAAUUGAUGUGGGCCUGGUCAUCGAGUACCUGAUGGGCGGAACUUACAGGUGCAACUACACAAGGAAACGCUUUAGAAUCAUUUACAACAAUCUCCAUGGCAGCAGUCGGAGGUCUGGGCGCCACCUGAUGGGCCCGGGCUCUCAUUUGGGGAAAAGUCACGAGUCAUUCAGCAUGCACGCUGAUAAGAAGGAGAAGAUCAGGCACAAUCAUUUCAUCAAGACUGCACAGCCUUACAAACGCAAGUUGGAGUCCACCAAAGAGCAAAGUAAGAAGCGCAACAGGGAGGAGAUCGUGGACAUCGACGAUCCGGAAACGCGGCGCUUUCCCUACCCCUUCAACGAGCUACUGGUGUGGGCCGUGCUCAUGAAGCGGCAGAAAAUGUCGCUGUUCUUCUGGCAGCACGGCGAGGAAAACAUGGCCAAGGCCCUGGUGGCCUGCAAGCUUUGCCGUUCGAUGGGCUACGAGGCCAAGAAGAGUGAUGUGGUCGACGACACAUCGGAGGAGCUGAAGGAGUACUCAAAUGAAUUUGGCACAUUGGCGGUGGACCUGCUGGAGCAAUCGUUCAGGCAGGAUGAGACAAUGGCCAUGAAGCUUCUCACCUACGAGCUGAAGAACUGGAGCAACUCCACCUGCCUAAAGCUGGCUGUCUCCUCACACCUGCGACCCUUCGUGGCACACACCUGCACCCAACUGCUGCUGUCUGACAUGUGGAUGGGGCGGCUAAACAUGCGCAAGAACUCCUGGUACAAGGUGAUCCUGAGCAUCUUAGUGCCUCCUGCGAUCCUGCUGUUGGAGUACAAGUCCAAAGCCGAGAUGGCACACAUCCCUCAGAGUCAGGACGACCACCAGAUUACCAUGGAGGACAGUGAAAACAACUUCCAAAAUAUUACCGAUGACAUCCAAAUGGAUGUUUUCAAAGAGGCCAGAUCCAACGAACCUGUGGAUACAAAGACUGACAUGGAGACACACGUUCGCUCCAGAAAGCUGCCAUUAACCAGGAAAAUCUACGCUUUCUACCACGCUCCCAUUGUCAAGUUCUGGGCCAACACGCUCUUUUAUUUGAGUUUCUUGAUGCUCUACUCAUACGUGGUCCUGGUAAAAAUGCCCGAAUGGCCUUCUCCUCAAGAGUGGGUCGUCAUUCUCUACAUCUUCACCUCAGCCAUUGAGAAGAUUCGAGAGAUGUUUAUGUCAGAAGCAGGCAAAAUAAGUCAAAAGAUAAAAGUGUGGUUUGAUGACUACUUCAACGUCUCAGACUUCCUGGCCAUUGUGUCCUUUUUCAUUGGCUUUGGAUUGAGGCUGGGUGGAGGGAAAGCCUUUGUCCCAGGCAGGACAGUUUAUUGUCUCAAUAUCAUCUUCUGGUACGUGCGACUCCUCGAUAUCCUGGCCGUCAACCAGCAAGCUGGGCCCUAUGUCAUGAUGAUCGCCAAAAUGGUGGCCAACAUGUUUUACAUUGUGGUGAUAAUGGCCAUCGUCCUGCUAAGCUACGGAGUUCCCCGCAAGGCCAUUCUAUAUCCGCAUGAAGAGCCAAGCUGGACACUGGCCAAAGAUGUGGUGUUCCAGCCAUACUGGAUGAUGUAUGGGGAAGUUUAUGCUUAUGAAAUCGAUGUGUGUGCCAACAACAGUGAGUCGUCAGUCAGGAGCCUGUGCACAGCAGGAGUGUGGCUGACUCCUCUCCUACAAGCAGUCUACCUCUUUGUACAGUACAUCCUCAUGGUCAACCUACUCAUUGCCUUUUUCAACAACGUGUAUCUCCAGGUGAAGUCCAUCUCCAAUCUGGUGUGGAAGUAUCAGCGCUACCACUUCAUCAUGGCCUACCAUGAGAAACCGGUCCUCCCUCCACCCUUCAUCCUCCUGUGCCAUAUCUACUCGCUCUUAUGCAUGUGCAGAAAAAGAAAGAAGGAGCACACCUAUGGGCCAAAAUUGUUUCUCACAGAGGAAGAUCAAAAGAAGCUUCAUGACUUUGAGGAGCAGUGUGUGGAGACGUACUUUCAUGAAAAGGACGACCAGUUUCACACAGGAAGUGAGGAACGCAUACGGCUCACCUCUGAAAGGGUUGAGACCAUGUGCAUGCAGCUGAAGGAGGUGGGCAACAAGGUCAACUUCAUCAAGCGCUCCUUGCACACAUUAGAUUCCCAGAUCGGCCACCUGCAGGACCUGUCUGCUCUCACCGUGGACACCCUGAAGACAUUGACGGCUCAGAGGUCAUCGGAGGCCAGCAAGGUCCACAAUCAGAUCACCCGUGAGCUCAGCCUCUCCAAGAACGUGGUCCCCAGCAUCGUCCCUGUUGCAACAGACACCGGGCCCCAUUCCAAAUCCUCCGUGAUGGGGAAGCGGAGUGUGGGGGCCUACCUCGGCUCAGCGAACAUCGCAGACUCUCUUUUUGGGAAUGGUGCCGGGGGCUACGGGACUGAUGGGCUCGGGCACUCCGCCGCUGAGGCUGGCUCCUCCGGCACCGGUGCCUCCAGUGCCUUUGUCCAAAGUGCCAUUUCCCCUCUGGAGCUCCACUCCCGCACCCGCAGCAAACUGACCCGUCCACACGAGCCGGAGUAUUCCGACUCUCCAUCCAGCCUGCCCAACGUGCCCUCGCGCUUGGCGCACUUCCACAUCAGCAGCACCCCCUCCCAGCCGAGCGGCUCCAGCCACCCAGAGCUUGCUCUGGCUGGGCUUUACCAGCAGACGCCUGACAGCGCCGUUGUAAAGUUUGGGGCGUUUGUCGGUAAGUAUGAAAGAGAAUCUGCUGUCGCUCCAAAGAGGAGCGAGGACGAUGAAAACUGUGUGUGUGUGUAUCCUACUGUGGUCAUUGUAUCUAAGACUACGGGCGCUGCUCAGCCUGCCUGCUCACCUGCUUGCUACGCGCAGCCUGGCAAUGCACAGGGUGGGGAUGGGGCAUCGGGGUACAUCAAUGAAGCUUUUUGCGAUGAUGAGGGCCGGACAGCCUCUCCAAGUAGAUGCCAAAUAAACACUCAGAGCCAAGAAUAUAGCGGAUGUUCCGCCACCGCCCCUGCCAUGACAGGCCAAUGCCCCCGCAGACGAGGGAGCGGAGAUUGCGAUGCUUCUCUCCCACCAGAGUCCUGCUUUGAGGGUGAAAAUUGUGACAAGAGGAUACAUGUGGAAAUGCUAACAAGAGGACAUAAAGACUGUUUUGACCUCCAGCGUUCAACACCCAAAGAGACCUGCAGUCCCCAGCGUAGUAGACAACUGGUUCAGCCUGAAAGUCAGGGUCAAAUUAGAGCAGUUAACUCCUAUGCUGGUUUCACAGAGUUUGACAGGAGUCCUGCUUUUCUCCAUCCUGAUUCAACUUUGAGGAAGAGGGAUCGUAGCAGAGUGUCAGCUGAAGACAUCCUCAUUCACGAGGAUCCCCAGGCUUCAGUGCCGGAAAGAGUCCAAGUCAAAUCAGCCCAAGCAAGUAGCCUCCAACCCCCCGGGGAGGACAAAUUACCUGCUUCAGUCUCUCUCUGCACACCUCGCCACUCCCUCCUUGGACCCAGAAAGGACUCCAUUGGGUCACCUUUCAAGCCUAUGGAGAACUACCAGUACUCAGCUGUUGAACGUAACAACCUGAUGCGACUGUCACAGAGUAUCCCCUUCACACCGGUCCCUCCCAGAGGAGAGCCAGUGAUGGUGUACCGCCUGGAGGAGAGCUCGCCCAACACCAUCAACAACAGCAUGUCUUCCUGGGCCCAGCGUGGCCUCUGCGCCAAGAUUGAGUUUCUUAGCAAAGAGGAGAUGGGCGGCGGCCUUCGACGGGCCCUCAAAGUCCUCUGCACCUGGUCCGAAUAUGACAUCCUCAAGCCUGGGCACCUGUAUAUAGUGAAGUCCUUCCUGCCCGAGGUGGUCGAGACCUGGCAAAGCAUCUACAAGGAUGAUACCGUGUUGCACCUUUGUCUCAGGGAAAUUCAACAGCAGCGGGCUGCGCAGAAGCUGACCGUGGCCUUCAACCAGAUCCGACCCAAGCCUAUUCCUUACUCACCAAGGUUCCUCGAGGUGUUCCUUCUCUACUGUCACUCUGCGGGCCAAUGGUUCGCCAUCGAAGAGUGCAUCACGGGCGAGUUCCGCAAGUUCAACAACAACAACGGCGAUGAGAUCGCUCCCACCAACCUCCUGGAGGAAACCAUGCUGGCUUUUAGCCACUGGACCUACGAGUACACGCGCGGCGAGCUGCUGGUGCUCGACCUGCAGGGGGUUGGAGACAUUCUGACCGAUCCAUCUGUAAUAAAGAGUGGCGAGAAGGGGUCAUACGACAUGAUCUUUGGACCGGCCAACCUGGGUGACGAAGCCAUUAGGAACUUCCGAGCGAAACAUCGCUGUAACUCCUGCUGCAGGAAGUUAAAACUUCCCGAUCUGAAGAGGAAUGAGUACACGCCUGAGCAGGUGCCUACCCGGGGGACGGAGCCAAGGAGCCGCGCCAAUCAAUGAGGCUCAUGAUGCUGUGAUGAAUCAAUCAAUCAAUCAACUGGAAGAAUCCCGCUUGUGUUUCCAUGGAAAUGGCCAUACGCUGUGUCAAAAAAAUGAAAUGAUGUUUUGCAUGUGCAUACAUGAGCAUACAUGGUACAAGAAUUAUUUAUUGAUGUUUCUUGAUGUUGCCUUCUUUUCACAUAUACAUACAGUAUAUAUAUAUAUAUAUUUACACAAAAAAAGAAAAAUCAAAGUGCAUUGUAUAUCUGUUACAACACCGCAUUAUUAUUCUAUGUGUCCAAACAUCUUUUAUCCCAACUUUUUAUCUAUGAAAACAUGUAAAGGGCAGAUUGCAAUGCAACUUUUCCACGACAUUGUUUGUGUCAUUUUAAUCACAAAAAAGUGUGUCCGCCCUCUAUAUAUUUUUUUUUUGUUACUAAGGUACAUUUGCAAUAUCUUUGUCAUCACCUAUCAAUACGCGCAGCUGAAUUAAAUCUAGUGUAUCUUAUAGAUACUGUUCUCUGCAUGAGCUUUGUCAUCUUUUAUUCAGGGUACACUUGAAGGGGUAUUACAGUGUACAUUUUGUACUGAACAUCAUUUUUAACCAAUAAAAUCACAAAAUAAGUUGAAUGUGUCACGUGGUUUUAAGAGAGUACGAUGUGUUUUGUAUUUUCAUUUGUAUUCUAUGUGUGUCCUUUCAAGGGUUCCCAUCAUUUGUUUUUUUUUACCCCGGACUUGCUACUUUUUUAAAUAUAUAAUUCAGUUAAACCACACCUCAAAAUCAAUGUGAAUUCCAUUGCUUCAUUUAAUUACAUAUUUAUUAAUUUUGCCUGAUGGAACUUAUUGCCAUGACCACUGUGGGUUUUUCUAUCAUUAAAAGAGGCGGCUCAAUAAUUUUGCCUCUGUUUGUGACUGGGAUAUUUCUGUCUGUUGUUGAUGAAAGUACUUUCUCGCUUGUACGAGGAACUACACUUGAGUUGUUUAUUGAUGUGUGUGUGAGGGGAGGGGGGGACAAAAGAUGUUCAAUGUACACUUUCCCCAAACAAGGCACAUAUAUAUUUGACAUUAGAAAAAUCUCAUGGCAUACCACCCCAAAAAAUCUCCGCCAAAUUGGAUGCACAGUUAAAUCGUACUUUCCGAAGAGCACUUGAUUGUUCUUCCUGUUGAUAUAUGAUUCUGGCAUAAAUUGCUCAACAAAAUAUACAAUUUUCUUCCCAAACUGAGGUGUACCUAAUGUUGUGGCCAAUUUCUUGUGCUGGAUGACGACAGUGAAAGUAAUUAAAGGACCUUCGGCUUUGUUUCACUUUCAAGAUGAGCCACCUCAUUCAGGUCACAGCAUAAUGCUGAUGUUCUUUCUACUUGUCUCAUUUUUGUUUGUAUUGAUGCUUCUUUUUUUUCCAAUGAUAGUAUUAUUGCUUUUUUUGUUUUUAUUUGUGUUUUCUUUAUGAUUGAAAAUACAGGUGUUAACUUUGGGGGCUUUUUUUGCUUGUAUUUUAUACCUUUUUUUAGUUUUAGGGCAAGUAAAUCAAGAAUAUUGAUUUGAUAUUUUGACUGCUUUUUAUUCAUUCUUGUUUUUAUUGUUAAUGUAUGUUUUAUUGAAAAGUGCAGCAGCACGCCAAUCAAACCUCUCAUGUAUUGUUUUCUUUUCUCAAUCUAUAAUUCUUUUUGGGGUGGUUACUUGUUUGUUUUUAUGUUUUUUUUUUCAUUCAAAAUUGAAGAUUUUUACUUGCAAGCAAGCCAAUCAUUUAGUAUAUUUCAUCCAUCCUUCCAUUUUCUUAUCCACUUAUCCUCUGUGUAUUUCAUUUUUAUCUAUUCAUUUGUUUAUUUUUGACUUUGCUGGCUUUAAAAAGAACUCACAGUGGUGCUUUGAGAGUGAUUCGACUCAAUUUUGAGAGAUACAAGCUGUCUUUCUGAUUUUUUAAUUUUUUUUGCUUUGACUUGCAAGCUAAAUCUGAGACAUGAACAGUAGAGUGGCAGUGAAUUUAACUCGUUUGACACGAAGCAGCAGUUUUCACAUUCGUUAGCCCACAUAGUAUAUACGUGGCACGCAACAAAUCUGAGCAAUCCAUAUUUGAAUACAAAAGGUGCAGCAACAACACAACAAAUGAGAAGCAAAAUAACAAUACUCAGACACUUUUUGAUCAAAAAUGUUUUUUUUUAAAUGCUAAAUUAUAGAGUGCUGGAACAGAUUAAUGCCAUUUCCAUUCAUUUCAGCAGGGAAGGGUUAUUUAAAGUUUUGUGUUGUGAGCAUGGUCAAACAAGUUAAACUUGUAUUAGAACGCACCACUACUUGUUACCAUUUUUUAAAUAUGUGGUUGUAAUUUCUGUAUCGUUCUUUUUAUUGAAAAUGUAGUGUGUUGGGAAGUCAAUCAAAUGCUUCAUAUAUUAAAAUUGUGUUCAAUUAUUUUAUUUUCCUUGAUUUCCUUUCUUACUGAACAAUAUAUUUUUAGUUUUGGGCUAAUCAAAUGAUUCGUAUAUGAUUAAGUAGUCUUCUUUUUUUUAAUUGUAGGUUUUGUGGUGUAUUUUGUCAAAACAGUUCUGUUUUUUUUUUUUGUAUCGACAAAUGAUGUGUGGAAAGAGUCUUUGUGGUUCUGUUUCAAAGUGGGAGGUGAAAGGAAAGAGGAAAUAACAAACUGACUGACGUCACAUGUUGAUGCACAAACUUGUCAGGCCGACCAUGUCGCAGUUCCCUCCCAUUGGGUGCGGUCCAUUUUUUUUACUUUACAAAACCAAGUCAGACGGACGUGACUUUGCACUUUCAUCCAGCAUCAGCAAGAACUUGACUGACGUGUGCUGCUCGCCGACUAGCUAAAAAACAAAAAACAACAACAAAAGCAAAAUGCCGACUGUUGAUAUUGAGUACUGCGGCAGUUGAGGGUAUGGCUCUAAAUUUAGAGGCCUGGAAACUGCGCUGAAGCAGGAGUUUGGGGACGACGCCAUUCAAAUCAAGGGAUAUGUUGGCAGGAAAGCGAGUUUUGAGGUGAAGGUGGAUGGAGAACUGAUCUUCUCCAAGUUGGCCUCCGGAAGGUUCCCGGACAAGAAUGAGAUAAUUGCGAAGAUCAGGAAGCCAAAAUGAGAUGAAGAGAAGUAGCAGAGCACGAUGAGAAAGCCUCCGAGGGGCCAGACGUCGACUGUCCUUCUUUUGAUGACUGUGCACGCUAAAACGUCAAAAAAGCGCGACACACGAUGCCGUAGAAGGCCGUCUGCUGAUCUGGAGUCUGUGGAAGCUGCUCCCAUCGUGGCUGCCUUGUUUACGCUUAAUCAUAUCAGCAAUUGGGGAUGCAACGCAAGAAAUUGGAUACAACAACAAAAGUGCUUUUUUGCUUUGGGAUCAAAACUUGGGUUAUGAUGAUUACUGCUCAAAUCAGGACGAAACAUUGGGUGGAAAAAGGCAAACUGCACUGAAUAUGACCAUUUUUUGGUAGAAACCACAUCAUGUUUAAUAUGUGCUUCAAAAUAAACUGCAUCUUUUCCACUACCUA